AUGCGGCACCCCCAUUUAGAAAGAAGGGCCGAAGUUUUUGGGCCUGUAGCUUUACCCGUCCCCCCUGAGUCGGGCGGUGCUUGUGUGGGGGGUGCGCCACCAGAAAUCGGGCUUGAAGCUCUCACCUUACCAACGAGCCGACAGCUGAUGGCUGUUGGUCACGACUACUACAAAAAAGCCCCAAUGAAGAUGAAUAUUUCACAUGGAGGAGUGUGCAUCUUUAUGUUGGGUGUUCUUCUGUCGUGCGACCCGGCGGCUUAUGUGCGACCUGUGGCCCACGCCUCCUAUUUGUUCAGGGCGGGCGGCGUGAACUCUGAUUCGAUCCGGGUAUUCAAUCCCGCCGCUGAGAUGCUCAGUUGA